AGUGAGUGCUCCUCAGCCUUUGUAGUUUUUUGUGUUGAGACGAGGGAGACUGAGAUGUGCUUCUUUCUUAUCACGAUUCACAUCGAGCUUGUGUACCGGCUGAGGAGGAUGCUGAAUAGGACGAUUUGAAGCCAGGAUCAGUUCCCUCAACGGCCUGUUUUUUUUUAAUUUCAUUUUUAUUUUCUAUCUUUUCUAUUUUUUCCUCCUCUCAUUAUUAUCGUUUCUGUUCAUUUUUCAUGAUCACAUUCGGGGACACCAUGAAUGCCGCUGCAUUUCGGGUGCAUUCCUGCAGCUGCUGCCUCAGACUGUGAUAUAUCAGCGCUCAUAGCUUUGUUCUCAUGACAGACUUGCACUCAUUCAGUCUCAUCAAAACAGGAGCCAGCGGUGAAUUGAUCUCAACUUUCCUGCAUCUUCGACGAUUCCGGCUUCAGCAGGUACAUAGUGCACUUGAGAGCGGCCCUGCUGUGUGUAGGUGUUGAAGCAGCCAUGUGGAGCAGAGAGAGCGCGUCUCCACUUCUCAUCUGCCUCCUGGCGCUCAGCGCUCUCUGGAAAACCAGUUUGGUGAAUGCUAAUUCCGAUGCCUUUAAAACCAACAUCACCCUGUUCACGCGAAUCCUGGACAGACUGCUGGAUGGAUAUGACAACCGUCUACGGCCUGGUCUUGGCGACAGAGUAACUGAGGUGAAGACAAACAUCUACGUCACCAGUUUUGGACCAGUCUCUGACACAGACAUGGAAUACACCAUAGAUGUUUUUUUCCGGCAAAGCUGGAAGGACGAGAGGUUGAAAUUCCACGGGCCAAUGAACAUUCUGCCUCUAAACAACCUGAUGGCGAGCAAAAUCUGGACUCCUGACACCUUCUUCCACAAUGGGAAGAAGUCUGUGGCGCAUAACAUGACCAUGCCCAAUAAACUGCUGAGGAUCAAAGACGAUGGGACGCUGUUGUACACCAUGAGGUUAACUGUGCAUGCAGAGUGCCCCAUGCAUCUGGAGGAUUUCCCCAUGGACUUUCAUUCCUGUCCACUAAAAUUUGGCAGCUAUGCCUACACAAUCUCAGAAGUCACCUAUGCCUGGACUCGAAACGCCAGUGACUCUGUGGUGGUGGAAGGUGAGAGCUCCCGUCUGAACCAAUACGACCUCCUUGGGCAAACGGUCGGACAGGAAACUAUCAAGUCGAGUACAGGUGAAUACACAGUGAUGACGGCUCAUUUCCAUCUGAAGAGGAAGAUUGGAUACUUUGUCAUCCAGACGUACCUCCCGUGCAUCAUGACAGUCAUCCUCUCCCAAGUGUCGUUUUGGCUGAACAGAGAAUCGGUUCCAGCUAGAACUGUGUUUGGUGUGACCACCGUUCUCACGAUGACAACACUGAGCAUCAGCGCGAGGAACUCUCUUCCCAAAGUGGCCUACGCCACCGCCAUGGACUGGUUCAUCGCCGUCUGCUACGCCUUCGUCUUCUCUGCCCUGAUUGAGUUCGCCACCGUCAACUACUUCACCAAGCGCGGCUGGGCUUGGGAUGGAAAGAGCGUUGUGAACGACAAGAAAAAAGAGAGGGCGUCUGUGGUCAAGAAGAACAACGCCUACGCUGUCGCCGUGGCCAACUACGCGCCCAACAUCACCAAGGACUCCGCCACACUUCCAACUGUCGCCAAAGGUGGCGCUGGAGAACCCAACAAGGCUAAGACGGAAGGCAAAGCCCCAGAGAACAAGAAGACAUUCAACAGCGUCAGCAAAAUCGACCGGCUCUCGAGGAUUUUGUUUCCAGUCCUUUUUGGCAGUUUUAACCUAGUUUACUGGGCCACCUAUCUAAACAGAGAACCCGUCAUAAAGGACAUGGUCCCCUCUAACUAGAGGCCACUUUUACUGAGUUCUGGUCUGGGGACUAAGGGACAAACCAAAUACCUCCAGCAACUGUGUACACAUACCUUUGCAGAGUGAAGUCCUGGAUUGCAGUGUGAUCCUCUAUCGCCACCUGUUUUCUACACUGUCUGCAGAGUUUUUGAGAAGCCUGGCUUUUGUAAAUGUGUAUGUAUAUUUAUAUUCAUGGUUUCAUGGUGGCAUCUCGUGUGAUUACUUUUUAAUUAGAGUACAUAUUUCCAUAUUUAUUGAAGUAUGUUUCCAGUCCGGUAUGUGGCCACUGUACAUACAAAUCAAACGGAGAGCAGACACAUAAACAUUAACACACACAUUUUAUUUAGGAAUACUUCUAAAUGUGUUGAGUUUUGCUGGCGAUGCCCACUCUCUUGAUAUUACAGUAUAUAUUUUUCCUUGGAGUGAAAGGGACUGAGUAGAUCAUAUUUCUUUUUGUCUUUGCCAUCAAAGAGUGGCGUGACUCUUUUAUUUUUCUGUCCAAGCCAAUGCAAAAACACACUUGUAUAAUAUUGUUACGAUGUAAGCGUUGUUUUAUAACCUGUGACUACAGAUAUGGGGCUGUGAUCAUGCGCUGACCUUCAGAAUAAUUCAAAGCUAAAAAAGAUUUUAAACUAGAAUUGAAGUCUAGAAAGUUUAUUUGUUGUGUAUCAUGACUUUGAUUCAGUAGUUAGUUGAAAUGCUAUCAUCUGAAAUGCUGCCAAAAGACCAGUUACAGUUUUUUUUUUUUCAAAAUAAGCUGUUGAUGAUACUUUCUGGCAUCUCACACAUGUAUCUGGCAAAAACAUUGGAGACAUGUUGAACUUUCAUUGACCAGGCUUAGAUCUAAAUUUGAUCAUUUAGAACCAAAACAAUGAGCUAAAAGGGCCUAAAAAUAACACAGCACAGGGAUAAUACUGUGUGUUCAUCGUUAACAUGCACAUUUAGUGGUGAUUAGAGCAAAUGACAUUGGAUUUAGAGUACAGAUAUUUGCUCAUUUAAAUAUUUUUAGCAAUGUAGAUGAUAAAUAGGAAAAAAGGAAGCAGACCAUAUUUGGAGUGAAACAUGGGUGGAAAUCCUUCUAGUAGCAACAGUGGAACAGUAAACCACUGUAACAGUACAGAAGUGGGAUUCGUAGACUUUUAAUUUUCAUGUAGUUUCAUCUUAUUCUUGCACAGGUGAAUUGUUAUAUACACAAAAUCUCUGAAUGAACCUAAAAGCCAUAUACAGUCACUGUGUAAAACAUUUCCAUCAGCUACAUAAAGCUGGGCCAACCAUUGACUUUAUAAACUCACGGAUAAAACAAAGGAUGUCAGACUGUAUAAAACCUUCGUUUCACCAUCAUUUAAGCACUAUACUGACAAAUCUCCUUCAGCCCAUAUCAGUAGUCAUAAAGUACUCUAUGUAAUUGUUCCAUAAAGUGAAAUAAUUUACUUCACAUAAGUAUUUGAACUUAAUUUAACCUAAUUUGAUAGUCAAAUUAGGUUAAAUCAAAUUUUGCAUGAAAAGGAAAUUCAGGAUUUUUUUACAAGCUAUUAUGUUGGUUCUAUUUAUUUUUAAAUUUGUUUUGUUUUCUCCAACUUCCUGAUGAAAUCUUAAACAUUCCAGAUGUAACGAUUGCUCAUGAGGUGGAUGCUUGAUGCAGUGCACAGUUUCUAAUAAAACACAUAUCAUCUUGAUUCUUUA